AAAGAAAUAUAUUUUUUAUCUGUUCCUUUUUUUCAUUCGGAGAAGUUUUUAACUUUGUUACAUGAAAAUUUAAAGAACUGUCUGUAUUCUAAAUUUUGUUUUUAGGUUGAUAUCCUUAUGAGUGAUUACAUUCCACAAAUAUCAUAUAAAUUAGAAUAUCUUCCAAAUGAAGUUUUACUUGAAAUAUUUGAUUAUAUACAAUUAAAUGAUUUAAUACGUGCUUUUUAUAAUUUAAAUAAUCGUCUAAAUUCUAUUUUAUUUUCAUCAAAUAUUCAUUUACAUAUUCUUUAUCCCGAUGAUAUAAAUGAAAAUAGUAUUAAUAAGAAAAUAUUAUUAGAUUUUAUUAAUAGAAAAAGAUUUAUUGCAAGACUUCGACUUUCAAAUGAUAAAAAAUUACCAGAAUAUGAAUUUAUAAGAUUUUCAUAUAUUCGAUCAUUAAUUCUUGAUACUCCUACAUCUAAACAUAUACAAAUGAUUUCACCAGAAAUAUUUCCUCGUUUAGAAUAUCUUCGUGUUGGUUAUGCAUCAGCUAAAACUGAAUUAAGUAAACUUCAUCAAUAUAUUUUUUCAAAUGCAUUUCCAUUAUUAAAAAAAUGUUCAUUAAAUAAUGUUAAUGAAUAUAAACCAUGGACUGGUUCACCAACAAUACAUUCAUUAAGCAUAUACUCAAAUAAUCCACGUUUAGUUGUUGAACGAGUAUUAUAUGCAUCAAUGCAAUUAAUUUCUUUUCAUUUAUUUCUUAAUUGGCC